AUGGUCGCGCUGUGCGAUUCUCUGCACUCUGACAUGCAAGCAUAUAAAGUUGGACCGGCGAUAGGGGCCGGUCAAUUUGGAAAGGUCCACGUUGCUCUCCAUCGCCGUACCCUCAAACGCGUGGCCGUGAAGCUGAUACCCGCAGAUCUCUCCGAGAUACCUGCCUUGCAAGCAGAAAUCUCAACCCACAGAGCACUGUUCCAUCCCAAUAUCGUAUGCUUGACAGACUGCUUCGAAAGCAAAGGGGAGGUAUGCGUGGUAACAGAAUACUGCGCGGGUGGCGACCUCUUAGCCAAAUUGCAAGAAGAAGGCAGAUUUGACGUUGAGAAGGUCCGCGAGGUCGCGAGGGGAUUGUGCCGCGGUCUCCGGUAUUUGCAUGAAAAAGGGAUCGUUCAUAGAGAUCUUAAGCUCCAGAACAUAUUACUCGAUGACAAAGGGGUUGUCAAAAUAUGCGAUUUUGGAUUUUCCAGCUUUCUUCAGCAAAAUGCGGCGCUCACGUCAGUCAAAGGUACUCCCAUUUACAUGGCACCAGAGCUCAUACGGGAGCAACCUUACACGCACGCGAUCGACCUUUGGGCACUUGGCGUGAUCCUCUACGAGUUAUUUGUGGGUAUCCCGCCUUUCUAUACCACCAAUAUCUUCAAACUCGUCAACUUGAUAUUGGAGGAAUCGAUAAAAUGGCCGCCAGAUAUACCUCCUGAUCUUCGCAAUUUUUUGGAAGGUCUCUUACGGAAGGAUCCCCGUGACCGAUUGAAUUGGCCGGAAUUGGCCGAUCAUCCAUUUCUUGAAGAGCAGAAGCCAACGGCCGCAAGGGAGCUCGCCAGGCACCUAGAUUCCGCCAUUGAUUUGCCAGAGAAGCCCUCUCACCGGGAUGGGGAAGCCGGUGGCUUAAACGGGGGGAGCAUCAGUCGGAGUGGUAAUGCAGGAGACGGCGUACUUUCUCGUCCGCCGUCCGCCGAUAGCGGAGCAGGACACGUCUCGCUGUCCCAUCCUCGGAACCGCCUUCUCACUGCAGCCGGUCAGAUCGACUGGAGCGCGCUUCAUGACCUGGCCGGCACCGCCACAUUCAUAGACGUUCUCUUCGACCCACGGAUCAUCAAUGGUAUUGCGCGCGGUAUGAUCAUGUUUCAUGCUGGAAACUGUCAAGACUCGAAAUCUCAAUCAGCUCUAUUGGCCGUGUUGAACAUCGUUGAGCAGUUGUUUCUAGGUAUUAAAUCAGCUGUCAACACGAUGCCCGCGAGACUGGACCCGUCCCAAAUUCAACAUUUGCAGUCUUUUAUGCGCACGGCGCUCGUCUGGCUGGCGUCCUUACUCAAGGGGUUCAGCACCGCCAUCAACGAAACAACAGCGUCAGUCUUGAAUCAGGUACUGAUUGCAUAUGAUGCAGCGCUGCACACCAUGUUUUCAUUGCUGGACCGCGAUAUUCCUUCGGUUUCAUCACGCCCAGUGACCCCUGUGUCAAGGCAAUCGCAGCCACGUCCUGGCACGCCGUCAUCAAUGCACAUGUCGUGGGCUCUCUUAAGUGUAGUCACGCAGACAUUUCUUCCUCUGCUUUCUCGCUUGCUCCGUGGAUCUAUGAGUGUUCAGCUGUUGUCGCUCCAAGCAACUACUUCAGUGUUCCGACUCAUCCGAAGGUCCCCCCAAGAAAUCCGUCUGAAUCACUAUGAUGAUAUACUCAACUUGGAACUCAUUUUGCACAUUGUCAGAUGCCUCGACGAGUGCGACAACAGAGUCAUCCGAGACGUUUUAAUUGCGGUGGAUGUUUUGAUAGGAUAUCAGAUUUGGGAACACGUAUCUGCAGAUCUGUCAGCAGCGAUGACUAGUCGCGAAUUAGAUGUCCUUAAGGGUUUCCUCAGCGCCAUCGAAAGUGGACUAAAAUCGAGAAAACGGCUUGAUUCCAUCUGCCAGCUACUUGGAGGACCUGAUUUUGGACUUGCGGCGAAAGUACUAUUGGCAUGCUUGCAUUAUUCUCGCGAUCUUAUUGCGGAAGUAGCCAACAUCUCAGAUGUUGAAAAAUCGUGCAUGGAUAGGCUGGAAGGCAAGCAUUCGGAGCCAGCUGAUCAGCAUCUGGCGCUUCUUCUGGUCGCAGAGUUACUUGCGGUUGAUCCACACUUAGCGGGGAAAAUGGCGCUCAUGAUACAGUCGAUUUUGGAUGGCAUCGCGGAGGAACAACAUGACGCCAUAUGGCUCUCGUGCCUGAUGCGAUGCCUGUGUUCAAUGGGGACGCAACUGCUUCCCGCAUAUGGACAAGCGCUGCAGUCGAUGUACUCUCAGCUCCUAGACGCAACUAGGACGACUUCGGACCUUUCGAAAAUGGGGAAUAUGCCGGUCCCACUCUUGGAAGCACCUUGCAUGUUACUGGAAUGCAUGACAGAGAGGAUGAUGGACUCCUUAACGUCCUCUACCUUUUGGGCACAAGCAUUGACCUAUCUGCCCGAUAUGUUGGAGCUCAAUAGGCGAUCGCAGGCCGAAGGCUACGGUCCUUUAAUGACUCUCUCGGCAGUUCGCUCGCUUGCUCGAUUUGCUUAUCGGGUGGCGGCGCUCAAUGGAGUCCCAAUUAAUGACAUUGCCACUGCCGCGAAUAGAAUGAUGGAGUUUGCGGACCCUGCCUGUUUGCAUCAAAGCUGCCUGCGUACUAGAUUUCACGCUUUCGGUGACAGCGAUAUGGAAAAGAAGCAUGAUAUCGUGCAACACGUAGUCGGACUUCAGUAUAUCCUUAUAUCUCAUCUCCGUGCCACGCAGAGCGCCGAAGCUGCAAUGACGGGGAAUAUGAUGAAUAUCCUUAAAUUACUUUCAUUCGAUCUCUCCGAUGAUACUAUAUUGUUACCGUUGGCACUCUUGGAUAAUUACAUCCUCUGCUUUCCUCAAAGUGCAACCCAUGAGCUUCUAACAGCACCGACAGAGCUGGUUCGAGUGUUUUGGGAAAGGGUGAUGACCGUUGGCGGCAACCGCAAUAGCCUGGUGCAUGGCAACUCCGAAACUACCCAACAGCGACUACGGUCAGCAAUGAUCUUGUUCUCUCAUUUUAUGCGCGGGGCACAUGGGAAAAAAUCGUCGAUCAUGGAAUCCUACCUGCUUGACAUGAAUAUGCUUCAAUAUGUUCCGGCGGUCCUUAUAUACCCGAGCUCGGUGAUUCGGGCGAAAGCAUGCUCUCUAGUUGCGCAGCUAGCCCGUCUCUCCCACCGACUAGUACGGCAGAUGACGAAGGUUGGUAUUCUCAAGCUGAUUACCGCAAUGUGCCGAGCGGAAGAGGAUGAGGGAGUCAGAACGAACGUGUGGAAGGCCAUGAUUGUGUUGGUGAAACGAAUCAACGCGGAGGAGAGUCGGGAUGUGGUAGAAAUGGCUGUAGAGGCGAUAUUAUCGAAGGACAAUGAUGAUAAGAAGGGAUAUGCGCUGCACGUUCUGGCUGACGCUCUAACCGGCGUUGACGGCUAUGAGAAUCGCGAAACGGCGAGAAAGUUGCUGGAUCCAGGUGGCUUGCAUGUGCUACACGAACUCGCAAAUUGCAUGAAAACUCCCGCAGAACCCGAUGAGCGUGUAAAACAAGCAUAUAGAUCUCGAGCCAUAUCUCGCUGCUUAUCGAUUUUGCGGGUUGCACCUGAUGGAAAAUUCACUUCUAACCCUUGACAAUGCCUUUAUCACGACUUGACAAGGACUUUUUUUGUAAAUAUUAUCUGUAGCAGGCGGUACAUACAGGAUGUAGUUUAUUUAAAAUUUCCGGCCAAAAUCGCAGUCCGUCGAUAAGGCCCUUAUAUGCUGGA